ACUCUUGGUUUGGUCCUCUCUCUCUUUAUCAAAACUGAAAUGGGCAGGCAACCGUGUUGUGACAAGCUUGGCGUCAAGAAGGGGUCGUGGACGGCGGAGGAGGACAGGAAACUCGUCAAUUUCAUCCUCACCCACGGCCACUGCUGCUGGCGUGCUGUCCCUAAGCUUGCUGGCUUACACCGAUGUGGCAAGAGCUGCCGUCUCCGCUGGACUAACUACCUCCGCCCUGACUUGAAGCGAGGACUGCUUAAUGAGGCCGAGGAGCAGCUCGUUAUCGAACUCCACGCCCAUCUUGGCAAUAGGUGGUCGAAAAUUGCGGCGAGAUUGCCUGGAAGAACAGAUAAUGAGAUCAAGAAUCACUGGAACACACACAUCAAGAAGAAGCUUAUUAAGAUGGGCAUUGAUCCAGUUACACAUCAGCCACUCCAGAAAUCUCCGGCGCCAGUGGUGGCAGAGGAGGUGGCAGCACCUAGUUCUGACAAUCCUGACCAUGAUGGUGAGCCGUCCAAGGACAAUUCUACCUCCUCAACAACUUUGGAUCAUCAGAAUUCCUCCAACAAUAUUGUGGACUCGACGAAUUUCAUCUGGACAGAGGGUCUUCUUGAUGACUUCUGUAACGUUGCGGACGCUAGGGAAGAGUAUAGUACUGAGUUUGGAUGGUCUUCACCGUCGGAGAACUCUUCAUGGGUGUUGGACUACCAGAGUUACGGCGACGACACGAGUUUCAGCUACGAUUUCUGGAAUGAAGUUUGAUAUCAAUGCUUUAGGCGGUGGUGGCAAGUAAUAGCACAUCGGUUUAGAUUAGUCACAUCUAAUUAGUGUUGUAAAAUUUUAAAAAUACCAAACCGAUGCAUGCUUGUUCUCAAGAUACCAUAAAAUGUUAAUCUAUGCCAACUCAAUCAAGUUGUUGUUGGUUAAAGUCAAGUUGUAAAUUAAUAAGAGAAUCAUUUGAAGAAAGAAAGAUGCGGAAUAGAAGGCAAACUCCUUA